CCGUCCUGAGCAUCGCUUCCUCCGCCACGGGGCAGCCCCGUCCCCGUCCCAUCGCUUCCCCGGCGGGGUGUGAGAUGCGGCCGGGCGGGGCGUGAGGCAGCGCCGGGGCUUGUGCCCAGGGAAGCCGAGCCGAAAACAUCCCUCGGAGCCGGAGCCCCGACCCGCACGAUGCUGAGCCUCAAGUUACCCCGGCUGCUCAGCAUCCACCAAGUGCCUAAGGGGUACCAGGAGCAGGGGAUCCUCUUCGGGUAUCGCCCCCCCAGCAGCUCGGCAGCAGACUGCCUCCUCAGCGUCUUCCAAAUGACGAAUGAGACCCUGAAUAUCUGGACGCAUUUUGUGCCUACCUGGUACUUCGUGUGGACCCUGGUGGGGCGGCUGCAGGGGCCGGGGGGCCGGGAGGACCCCCACGCCUGGCCCCUCCUCGCCUACCUGCUGACCUGCUGCAUCUACCCCCUCGCCUCCAGCUGCGCCCACACCUUCAGCACCAUGUCCACCCGCGCCCGGCACAUCUGCUACUUCUUCGAUUACGCGGCCCUCAGCAUGUACAGCUUGGGGUCUGCGCUGGCGUACUCGGCGUACAUCUUCCCAGCGGAAUGGGUCAACAGCACUUUCCACCACUGCUACGUCCCCGUGGCGGUGUUUAACACCGUCAUUAGCACCAGUCUGUCCUGCUAUUCCAGGUUUUCAGAGAGGCGAGCAGCAUGCCCGGCUGUUUUGGAGAAGUUCAGANNGCUGGCCUUUGUGUACCCCUACCUCUUCGACAGCAUCCCUCUCUUCUACAGGUUCUACCUGUGCGCGGUGGAGAGCUGCACGGAGGCCGCGAUCCUGGUCCACUACAAGCACACCGUCUUCGCCUUCCUCACCUGCUUCAUCUUCGCUAGCCAUCUGCCGGAGCGACUUGCCCCAGGACACUUCGACUAUAUUGGGCACAGCCACCAGGUUUUCCACGUGUGCGGGAUCAUCAGCACGCACUUCCAGAUGGAGGCCAUCAUGAUGGACAUGGCCGAGCGCCACGACCGGCUCCUGCCCACCCCGCUGCUUCCCUCCUCCCUGCAGACUCUCGGGUCGAUGGGCGUCUGCACGGCCGUGAGCCUGGCUGUCAUCGGGCUCUGCUCCAUGUCCCUGCGCUUCAUGCCAGAGCCUCUGCAGAGAGAAAAACCACACGGGCAUUAGGCUUUGGGUCUGAGUAGUAUUUAUGCUGCUCUGUGGGAGAGACCCUAAACAAUACGUGCGUGGUAGGGAUGAGGAGGAAUUUAUGCACCUACGCUCUCUGAGAAAACGUUUAUGUAAAGUUUUCUCAGGAGCGAAACAUAUUGCACUGGUUUUUGUACAUAGAGCUUUAAAGUUGGGAGCAGAUUACGAAAUGCUUUUAAUCACGUUGCUAUUUCACCACAAGAAAUAUUUAAAAUAAUCUUAACUUUUUCUGUAAAAGGGAGAUAAGUGCUAAUACUUUCCAAAGCAAUAGGCGUUCACCAGGCCUGCCUUACGGAGGAAUCAGGGAGGCAAGUGACCCUGGAUAGAGCUGGUCAUCUGGUGACAAGGAUGUCCUCGUCAUCAGUUCAGACCGACAGCCAAGACUCCGUGGUGAAGGCACGAGGAAGGGCUCUCCCAGGGGCUCCCUAAGGUUUUCACCUGGAAAGUGGCAUUAAAACCUCAAAUAUCCGUGUUACGCAGCCUUACACUAAACCCAAGUGCCUGACAGACGUGGGAUUAAGAGAGACUAGAGUUUGCCUAUGUUUCAAAUUCAGCUUUUUUUAAUCAUUACCCAGAAAGAGUUAUUCUAGGAGAACUCUCCACGGGACGUUCCUCCAGAAUAGCUUUUUUUUGGGUCCCGUUCUGGUGCAUAGGUAAGUCCUGGGAAAUUAAUGGGAGAGCUGCACUCCCACCCGCGUGGGCGAUGCGAGCGCCUGGCAGCCGAUGCUGCCCCAAGCGCAGAGCACGGGAGGCCCCGUCCCUCCCUCCUUGCACCGGCCAUCUCCGUCCUGUACUCACGGCUGGGCUCCUUCUCUGACCCCACUUGUGCCAUCAAACGUAAACGGAGGAAGAAACACC